ACCACAAAGCUCACCUCACUAUCAAUUUGGAAGUCUCUGGACACCUCCGGUCUUCACUCUCUCCCUCACCGUCUGCAAACUUCUCCCGACCUUGCCGUCACCCUGGUCGACAAAUCACCUCCAUCAAACCGAUUUAUCUCCUUCCACGUCUUACUAUUAGAUCGGACACAGUCACCACCAUACUGAUUUUCAUAAGAGGUGAAUUUUUAGGAAGCUGGUGUGUUUUGCCUAUAUCGUCCUUGCAGUAAGAGAGGGAUUAUUUCCUGUGCUACAAUAUUGAUUCAAGACUAUUAUAAACUGAGGCAAGCUGCUAGAUUUCAUCAUCAAUUUUUCAAGGUCAAUUUAUAUACUGGAGUAUAUACUACGGAUUACAAAGUCAAUUCAUCAUUUGAAGUACUUCGUGUGGGCAAGUCCCCUUCGGCUGAAAGAAUCGUGACCAGCUUGAUUGCAUGUGUUCAUCCUAAAUGCUCAAAGUACGUCUUCGCCCUCAAUCAAUAAGGGGUGUUAAUUGGAAUGCUAAAGAGGAUGUUGUUCUAUGUAAUGCUUGGGUCACCAUAUCUGAAGAUGGUGCCAUUGGAAUAAAUCAACCGGGGGAGACUUUCUGGGGCCGAAUUCACGAGAUAUUUUCGGCACAAAGUCAAAUUCCUCGAACUCGAGAUGCAAUUGAGUCUCGUUUCAAGAUCAUCAAUAAUCAAUGUUCUCAAUGGAAAGGUUGUGUGCGGAAAGUGAACGCAACUCCGAGGAGUGGGUCAAACCUAGACGAUUUGAACUUUCAAGCCAAAGACAUUUUCAUGAAUGAUAACAAUGGCAAGACAUUCAAAUUUGAGCAUGCGUGGCGUGUCCUCCAAGUGUGUCCGAAGUGGUACCAACAAUACGAAGCUCCGGUAUCCUUCUCCCGGCCAAUAUCGUCUCCACAAUCGCACGAUUCGCCCACACUCGGAGGUAGUGCUAGCUCUCCCUCGGAUGGAGAGCCACUUCAACGUCCCGAAGGCCGGGACAAGCAAAAGGCCAAAAGAAGUGGAAAAGCAAAGGUGUCUAAGUUAGAUCCAAUGAUGACGCAAUGUUUACAAGAAAUGAUUGAGCAAGGCAGAGAACAAGCUUCAAGAAGAGCUAAGCGUGAUGAGCUUCAACACAAAGCCGUAGAGUCGGAGAUUACGAGAAACCAGUAUGACUUACUAGCUGCGGACCUUUCAAAGUUUUCACCGAGGAAGCAAAGGUGGAUUAAGCAAAAACAAGAUGAAAUAAUGGGGUAUUCUCAAAAUUCCUCAAGUGAUGUUCCCGACACUCCUGCAGAAGAAGUGUACCGUCCCCACUUUGAUUUCUAGUUAUUAUGUUUUGUUGUUUUUAUUUUGUAUUGUGUUGUAAGUUGAAUUUCACAUAUGUUUCACUUUUAAAUUCCAUGUUUUGUUAUUUUAAUUUAUUCAAUGUGUUAUUAUUUUAAUUAUGUGUGCUUAUUUAAUGUUCACGUUUAUUUUUAUUUAAAUUAAAUUUAUUUUAGUGACUUAUAAGUUUGUCACAUUAUUAAGUAAUAUUCUAAAAAUAUAGAAGUAAUUUACACAAACGCGAAUAUUUUAUUAAGACACAUAAAAGUUCCAGAAAUACAUAAAGUUUUUCGGAAAAACAUAAACAGUACAACUACGAAGUUAACACUAGUAAAUGAAAUACAUGAAACACAACUAGAUUAAGAAAACACAUAAAUAUUUAGGGGAAGCAAAUAAACUACAUUCCAUUUCCAUGGUGCAUCCACAGAUGGUUUAUGAGAUCACUUUUAAGCGAUGUGUGCACCGAGGAGUCUCUAAUUCGAUUGUGGCGCAUCAUAUAUUGACUCAAGGUCGGACCAUCAUGGUUAAGAUCCAAUUCAACAAUACCACCAAUAUAGUCAUAGUCUUCACGGUAGUCUUGUUGGGUUGAUUCUUCAUCAUUCUCUUCAUAUUCAUCUUCCACUAUCAUGUUGUGCAGUAUAAUGCAUGCCAGCAUUAUAUCACCUAAUGUGCGUAUGUCGUGCAACCGUGCAGGACCUCGCACAAUAGCCCACCUAGCUUGUAAAAUUCCAAAUGCUCUUUCAACAUCCUUACGAAAAGCCUCUUGCAUUGAAGCAAAAAGCUUUUUCUUAGGAGUGUCUGGAUGACUUAUUGUCUUAACAAAAGUUCCCCAACUUGGGUAAAUCCCAUCAGCUAAAUAAUAACAUUGAUUAUAUAGCUUACCAUCCACGCGGAAUUGUACCUGAGGGGCAGAUCCAUUUACAACAGCAUCAAAGACUGGAGAGCUUGCAAGAGUGUUGAGGUCAUUGUUGGAACCGGCUGUGCCAAAAAAUGCAUGCCACAUAUGAGUAUCAUAAGAAGCAACUGCUUCGAGAACAAUUGUUGGUUUUCUUUUGUACCCGGUGUACUGGCCGGCCCAAGAUGUAGGACAGUUUUUCCACUCCCAGUGCAUGCAAUCAAUGGACCCAAUCAUCCCGGGAAAGCCUCUUUUCGAGGCCUUUUCAAGAAGACGAUGCAGAUCUCCGGGGUUAGGGGUUCGUAGGUACCAAGAACCAUACACACUAAUAACUGCCCUACAAAAUUUUUUCAUGCACAAAAGUGUAGUUGUCUCACUCAAACGACAUAACUGAUCUAAUGAAUCAGCCGAGCAACCAUUGGCGAGCAUAAAUAUCGCACUAGUGAGUUUUUGAUUAGGAGAAAGAGAUACCUUGUUUGUUGCAUCUAUUGUACUUACAAAAUAGGGAUCGAAAGCCAUGACAUCUUUCAUGAUUCGAUCAAAUAGAGCCGGUUGCAUGCGAUAACGACGACGGAAGAUACGUGCAUUGUAGGUGGGAUUUGGAUUCCAGUAAUCAUCCAUCAACAAACGGUGUCCAGCUUCCCGACCACGGUCUAUGUAAUCACGACUACUAUUGGAGCUUGUUGCAACCAAAGAAGCCAUCAAAGCCAUGCGCAUGCGGUCGGAAUAAGCUUCUUCAUCUUCAUCUUCAUUAAUGGAUUUGUAAAAUGCGGGAAAAGAACUCAUGAUGUUUUUGGCCUUGUUGAAAAUGGGAGAAGUAAAGAUGAGGUGUGUGAUUCCAAUGUCAAGUGAGGCCAUGUAUUUAUAGUAAUAUAGUUCUUUGAUGUUCACACCAAGUGGAGGAUACAUCCAAAUUAAUAUGUUUGGACCAAGUGGAGAAUAGCAUCCAAUGUGGUAUGGAAGAUUACACAUGGUGAAAAAGAGAAUCCAAUGUCAUAUAAUGUGCUAUGAAAGGACACAAAUAAUGGAAAAGAGAAUCCAAUGUGAUUUGAAAAGAUACAACAAGUUGAGAAGGGAAUCCAAUGUGUUAUGGAUAGACACAAAGUUGAGAAGAGAAUCCAAUGCUCUAAUGUGUUGAAAAUCACUCAGGAAAAAACGUAAAAAAAAAAUAAUGAAAUUUAUUUUUUUUUACAUCGAAAUGUGUCUUUUUUAUUUUAUGAUUAAUCAGAGAAAAAAUUAAAAGGAAAACAUUACUUAUAAUAAUUUAAUUAAUGUUUUACUAAAUUGAUAUGUAAAAAAAUGUGCAGAGUGUA